CUCUCUCUCCCUCCAUGUGUGGCAAGCUUCACACUCUUCAGUGCAUAACUACAGCUACAUUUGUUACACACACAGCACACAGACGCUAUAAAGUAGUCCAUGAUGUUGUCCAGAUGUGUGAGCAGUUUCCUGUGCAGGAUUAAAUCAGCUCCAGUGCCUCUGUGCUGCAGAAUGCAGUACUCACAGCACCUACAGGGUGACACGCCUGCCCCCUUUCGCCCCGAGACCUCGAUGGCCAAGACGAUGAUGGACAUCGGGACACGGCGGAUUUUCUCUGAGGAACAUGACCUGUUCAGACAGAACGUCCGGCGGUUCUUUAAGGAAGAAGUGGUUCCUUAUCACACAGAGUGGGAGAAGGCAGGCGAGGUCAGUAGGGAGGUCUGGGAGAAGGCGGGCCUGCAGGGGCUGCUGGGUAUUUACACUCCUGCUGAACAUGGCGGGGUCGGCGGAGACCUGCUCUCUGCUGCCAUUGUGUGGGAGGAGCAGAUGUACUGUAACUGUUCAGGUCCUGGUUUCUCUCUGCAUUCGGAGAUCGUGAUGCCGUACAUCAGCCAUUAUGGCUCGCAGGCUCAGAUCGAGCGCUUCCUGCCCCAGAUGGCUGCUGGGAAAUGCAUCGGCGCCAUCGCCAUGAGUGAGCCGGGGGCGGGCAGUGAUCUGCAGGGAGUGAAGACGUAUGCUCGGCGUGAUGGCACUGACUGGAUCCUCAAUGGAAAUAAGGUGUUUAUCACUAACGGGUGGAUGAGUGAUCUGGUCAUUGUUGUUGCUGUAACAAAUCGUGAAGCGAAAUCAGCAGCUCACGGUCUCAGUCUGUUUCUGGUGGAAAGCGGCACCAAGGGCUUCGCCAAGGGACGUAAACUUGAUAAGAUUGGCCUCAAAGCACAGGACACAGCAGAGUUGUUCUUUGAGGAUGUACGCCUCCCAGCUGACGCUCUACUCGGAGAAACUAACAAAGGUUUUUACUAUCUCAUGAAUGAACUGCCUCAGGAGCGGUUGAUAAUAGCAGCAAUGGCUCUGGCCAGCUGUGAGUUUAUGUUUGAGGAGACUCGGAAUUACGUGACUCAGAGGAAGGCCUUUGGAAAAACCAUCGCUGACCUGCAGACAGUUCAGCAUAGAUUAGCUGAGCUGAAGACGGAGAUCUGUGUGGGUCGAGCUUUCAUUGAUAACUGUCUCCAGCUGCAUAGUGAGAGGAAGCUGGACUCCAGCACUGCCUCCAUGGCGAAAUACUGGGCAUCAGAGUUACAGAAUAAAGUGGCCACUCAGUGUCUGCAGCUGCAUGGUGGGUGGGGCUACAUGUGGGAAUAUCCAAUCGCCAAAGCCUUCGUGGACGCUCGUGUGCAGCCCAUCUACGGCGGAACCAAUGAGAUCAUGAAGGAGCUGAUCGCUCGCGCCAUCGUCGGACACAGAUAGACGAGCGCUGAGCUGAGGGAUCAGAUGGAUCGGAGCGAGACACGGAGAGAAGCUGGUUUGUGGGGUUUUUGUCUUUGGUUUGGUGACUGAUCAGUGCCAUGAUGUACAUGUAGCUAAGAAAAGCUGAUCAAAUAGCAAAUAAUACAUUUUCUUGGAGAUCAAGUGACACAAUUUUGAUCAUUUCUUUUCCUGUUUGGUUUGAAUAAAUUUACUUUAUAAUACACCAUGUAAUAAAUAGAUAUGAAAAAAACUUGCAUCACAUGAAGGUUUAGUCACAUGGUUAGACAUAUUUUAAAUGACAACAUUAUAUAAAUUUUAUAGAAAUUUAAUGUAAUAAUCAAAAAUACAAAUGAUCUGUGUGUGAAUUGGUGCAUUGAGUAACAGGACCAUGUCCUAAAAGGGCUCAAAAAUCCUUGUAAUGUAAUGUAAUGUAAAUGUAAAUUACAUUUGAUUAUAAAUCAAUCAAAAACCCUGUGCAUAUUUUACCUUAUAAAUAAUUGCACCUUUA